UGUCCCAAAGGUCUCAGGCGACUCGUUUCCGCUGGCACCAGCCAGCUCCUUUCGAUAAGCAGCAGACGUGGGCGAUCGAUAACGUCUACAUUGGGGAUGGCUGCAUAGACAUGUGCAGUGGCCAUGGGAAGUGCACUCAAGACAACUGUGUCUGCGAUGAGCACUGGGGUGGGCUGUACUGCGACGAGCCAGAGACUCCCCUUCCAACACAACUGAAAGACAACUUCAACCGCUCCCCGUCGAACCAGAACUGGCUGACGGUGAACGGGGGCAAGCUGAGCACAGUGUGCGGCGCAGUCGCCUCUGGGAUGGCUCUUCACUUCAGUGGGGGUUGCAGCCGUAUGUUAGUUACAGUGGAUUUGAACCUCACCAGUGCAGAAUUCAUCCAGUUUUAUUUCAUGUAUGGAUGUCUGAUAACUCCUAAUAACCGCAACCAGGGAGUGCUGCUGGAGUAUUCUGUCAAUGGUGGAAUCACCUGGAGCCUCUUAAUGGAAAUUUUCUAUGAUCAGUUCAGCAAGCCUGGCUUUGUGAACAUCCUUCUUCCCUACGAUGCCAAAACCAUCGGGACACGUUUCCGCUGGUGGCAACCCAAACACGACGGCCUGGACCAGAAUGACUGGGCAAUAGACAACGUGUUGAUCUCUGGCUCAGCAGACCAGAGGACAGUGAUGCUCGACACCUUCAGCAGUGCUCCUCUGCCACAGCAUGAGCGCUCCCCUGCUGAUGCAGGGCCCACUGGGAGGAUUGCCUUUGACAUGUUCAUGGAGGACAAGACUACAGUGAAUGAACACUGGUUAUUCCAUGAUGAUUGCUCAAUUGAGAGAUUUUGUGAUUCUCCUGAUGGUGUCAUGAUCUGUGGGAGCCACGAUGGCAGAGAGGUCUAUGCAGUCACUCAUGACCUGACUCCUACAGAAGGCUGGAUUAUGCAGUUCAAGGUUUCUGUUGGUUGCAAACCCUCAGAAAAACUUGCACAAAAUCAGGUCCAUGUGCAGUACUCCACUGACUUUGGCGUGAGCUGGAGUUACUUAGUCCCUCAGUGCUUACCAGCUGAUCCAAAAUGUUCUGGGAGUGUUUCGCAGCCAUCUGUCUUCUUUCCCACAAAAGGAUGGAAAAGAGUAACUUACUCACUGCCUGAAAACCUUGUGGGCAAUCCCGUGAGGUUUCGGUUCUACCAGCAAUACUCAGAUAUGCAGUGGGCCAUUGAUAAUUUCUAUCUGGGACCUGGUUGUCUGGAAAACUGUAGAGGUCAUGGAGACUGCCUGAAUGAGCAAUGCAUCUGUGAUCCUGGGUAUUCGGGUCCAAACUGCUAUCUGACCCAGACACUGAAGACUUUCCUGAAAGAGCGUUUUGACAAUGAGGAAAUUAAACCAGACCUAUGGAUGUCCUUAGAAGGUGGAAAUACUUGUACCGAGUGUGGGAUUCUUGCAGAAGACACAACUCUCUACUUUGGAGGUGCAACUGUAAGACAGGCUGUCACUCAAGAUCUGGAUCUGCGAGGGGCAAAGUAG